AUGCCUAAGCUUUCAAGCGAGAAUCCAAAUGAGCUGCUACGGAAAGAGGGUGUAGCGGAUGAACUACUUGCUACCCGGGAGGAAGAACGAGGCCGGAAGAGAGACCUCGAGGAUAUGACAGAUCGCAACGCUCAGUCUCCGAAGCGGGCUAGGUCCCUCUCACCGACAGGGGUCGUCGAGAUGAUUCAUCGGCACCACCCGCAAAGUCCCGAAAGAGACGCUACAGUGAUUCUACAGAGGGUUCUUCCGGGUCAGUUCACUCAGGACCAAAGAACCGCUCACCCUCCAGGGAGCGAACCGACGACCGAAACACUCGGCGACGGAGACGAGAAUCUAGCCCCGAAGAACGAGGUCGUCACCGUGGAGCAGGAAGACGUAGCGAGCGAAGAGACCGCCGAAGCGAGAGUGUGGAUAAGGAUCGAGUGA